CUCCCACAUUCACACUCACACCUCACACUCAUCAAUGUAUGCGUACUAAUAACAUACUUCCCAUUGCCAUUGCGCCUUUCUUUUUUGUUUGUUGAUCCUCCUUUCUCAUAAAGCGCAUGGAGUCUGACGGAAGUGCCUCAGUGCUUUUAAACAAAAACUCACCAGCUGAUGCUGACUACCAAUGUUUCCGUUCAAAUAAUUCUCUUAUUCGAGUAAAAGUUACUCAUAGCCAUGCAUUGAACUCAAAAUAUGUCUAUUGGAGCGACCUAAAAACUUGCUUUCCUGGCAUCACUCGUGUACAGCUUGGUGAUAUCGCUCUGACAUUCAUGAGAGGCAUUGAUGAAACUCGUCUAAAGCCUUUUAGAAUCGAGUAUAUUCCAGGUGCAGUUCUUGAUGUGAUUUACAACACACACCCAUCCAUCGCAGGACAUGUACAGAGAUACCGGAACAAUGGCAAUACUACUGUUCCCAGCCAUAAGAAGCAGUGUAAUCAAAAUUUGUCAAAAAAGAUACGUUGCGACUCGAUGAGCACAGGAGAGCAAGGGCAACCGUCAAUGUCCUCCGAAAACAUUAUUGACAUGGCCACCUGCAUUCAACGGGACGAGGCAAAAACGGCAUUGGCUUCACUCGUAGCACGGAUUACAAAGGAGACUUUGGCAGAACAAGCAAUUGCAUCGCCCUCUCAGCAUCAAUCAGGACAGCCAUUGCGGCAACAACAACAUCAACACAGGCAAUCUCAGCAGUUUCAUCAACGCCAGCAUUGCCAGCCAGCUAUUGACAAAUCUACCCUAAUUAUCGAGUCAAAAGCAUCUGCGUCCUCUUCUCUAGCGUCUAGUAAUGAAUCGGAAUAUGACGUAGUCGAUGAUCGGUCGCUGGAUCAGGGCUCGGCUGGGGAGAGCAACCCAUUAGAGGUUAAAAUGGAGGAUGCUAGCUCCUCAGCUAACAAGGAAGCUAUGAGUCGAGCUGUUAAUGGCGCAGAUACCCCAUUGAGCCAUGUCAGAGAAUCUUUGAGCUCUAUCCACUUAACACAAGAUAUGGAAAGUCGGAGUAUAACCAAUGAUGCCAAUACUGCUGCUGAUGAAGACGAAGGACAUGAUCCGCUUGAGAAAGUAGAACUUGGAGCUAUUCUAAGCUUGAAUCCCCCACCAGAGGCUGAUGAUCAGGCUAAAGCUGAAUUCGAGGCACUUAAACAGGAGGUGGUUGCGUGUUUCCAUUUGUUUUAUGCAUACUUUAAAUCGACAACAGGAUGUCAACUUUUACAAGCAGAGCGAAGAGGCAGAGCACUAGUCCCAUAUCUGGAAGAGGUCCAUACUAGGAUUCCAAAGAACCAUGCUCUGCGUCAUCAGCUCGACCUACUCAUGCGUGAGACAAUCAAGACAAAGAUUCUCCUUUGCGAACUACGCCAUGUAAUGCAGACAGAUAUUGAAAGAAUCACAAACACCCAUUAUGGAGUGUUUGAACAUUUAGAACAAAAAAUGUUUGUAAUCUUGCCUGAAAGUGACACACUGGAGGAUGGAUUCAGACUACACUUUUUAUGCGAGUCCUGCCAACUUACACAGAAAGUAACCAAAAACAGGAAGAACGACCAUAGUGGUGAUGUCGAGAAGAAAGCAUCAACCUUACCUCACCACCUUCAUUUCUCUAAGCAUGAGGGCUAUAAAUUGCGAUAUGCAGAGGAAUUUGUGGCACGUUACGGCCAUCAUAUGUGGGUUCUUCUUCAAAUGCUUUUACGUGGGUACAAGGAUCAAGGAGUAUCUGUCCCUCCUAUACCUGCGACCAAUGUGCUGGCUAAAAAGAUACAGAUGGCUAUUCGGUUUAUUGAAUGCGAACCCGAUCCGGGCGAUCGUGAGGGAAGCUGGGAUUUUUCACGUGUUGGCGAGUUUUAUGUCCCAGUCAGCGUCUCCAAGGAAGGAUCCGUUGGAUCACUAUUCCGUAUCAUUACUGAAGAGGGCUAUGCGAAGUGGGUCUGUUUUGAACAUUACCGGGAGCAGUUUCCUAUGAACGAUUACAAGGUUCUGCAAGGCGCACUGAAAACUUUUUUCUAUAAUGAGGCUUUAGGGGCAGUGCUGGUUAGCCUAGGUUCUCGUAAGGAAGCGAGUGAUUUCUAUGAAGCUAUAAUUAAGGCAUCUAAUCUUCAGGAGUUAGGGAUGCAACUGAAGUGGGAUUUAAAUGAGCAGGACAUAAAGUUGCUGGAACAAAUAUUGCCACGAACAACAGCCGUCUCGAUCAAGAUCCUCGUUCCAUUCGAGCAUCAUAUCGUAAGCAAAGCAGUAGCUGUCACAUUUAAGGAUCAGACACGAGGUAUCGAUAUCCAUAACCCAGAUUAUGCCCUUGGUCACUAUAAGACUAAUCUAAUCAGGCAGGCGAUUGACAACCGUCGGAUACAAGCGUUCUAUCUGGACAUUCUCGAUCAUUCGGCUCACUCAGGCUAUGAAGAAUCACUGAACUUGACUCUUCGCAAUAAUACGACUUUUGAAAAAUGGAGUCCCGAUCAAGCGAAUCCUGCGCUCUGUGAUAUGGUUAGAACAGGAGGUCCUCUUCCAAAGACUAAACUAAGCUUCAACAGCCCAACUUUAGAGCGUGGUUUCUUUUUCAUGAAUAAUGCAAUCAAGGGGGAUGUAGGGUUAGUGAUACUCAAGGCAAUGGUUAACUAUUAUGAACAAGUGUCAAUUCGCUCAGGAAAGGAUGAGGCACGCAAAUCGAUGAGGAUUCAGCAUUGGUCAAGUAGCACGCUGAAAUUUGCCAACAAGCUGGAGAGACUCUGGCUGGAAGUGCGCACGCCUCAGGAGACACGUGUACUACAGCAGUUGAUCGAACUUAAUCCAUACCUCAAGAAGCUGCGUAUCACCACUGAGGCCAAUACAUUCUACAAGAUCUACGAAGCUGUCCAGAAAACUGUUGUGGUGCGAAAGCACAAAGUCCCGCUGAAAUUAGUGCUGAGAGAUGGAUGGAACACGAGUCUGACCUGGUCCGAGCUGGUGGUCGCGCCUGAAAGGAAGCAGGAUCAAUUCAUCGCAUUGGAGUACACAGCGGGUGUUGCGAACAUCAGUACGAUACUUAUGUUUUUUGGCUAUAUUGUCACGCAUUUGAGGUGCCUUGAGCUUACAAACUUGGAUGUAAAGACACUGGAAGCCUGCACGCGAUCGAGAGGAUCAAAUAUCACAAAUCUUGAGGUCAACAUUAUGGGACUCAAUAACAGGGGCAUCUCGGAUCUUAUCAAGAUCGUUGAACGAUCUCAUGAGCCUAUGAGCCAGCCAUCUUCACGGUUCUCUGUUCAUCUUCGCGUGCUGGAAGACGUCCAACCCGAUUGGACACAGGCCACGGAGCUUAUCGUUGCCCUUGGGUCUAAGGUGGAUGAGCUUGUACUUUUUAGCUCAGACGUUGGAAGCCCAGGGUUUGAGUACUUUCUCAAGGCUGUAUCACCUGCGACAUUACCAUUUUUAGAGGCAUUGACCAUCAAUGGAUCAGGCGCUCCUCAGUGGCACACAGGCACUGCAGCCAACACUGAUGAUCCAGAGAGUUUGGGAAGUAUGUUAGGUGAGUUCCCUAUGAGUGCCUUUACCGCUUUCCCUAAUGUUGUGUCUACGGUCAACUCCACGUUUCAAGGAAACAAAGGAGCUCCUUUGAAUCACCGUCCUCGCUCUUCAUCUCCCAGCCCUCAUCCUAUCAGUGCUAAACUUGACCUCAAUCAAACGACAUCACCCCAACUCUCAAGCAAAUUUCUACCGUGGCUCGAAUCGUUUGCUUCCAAGCUACCGCUUCAAAAGCUCGGUCUCAAUUUUGUCCUGUUGGAGACGGAGGAAUGGCGAUCAAUUCUUAGUAAGCUUGAUUUUUCAGAACUCGAGGUCUUAGACCUUAUGGGUUCUAAAAUGACGAUGGCUAUGUUCUAUGAGCUGCCGCUACACUUUCCGACAUAUGAUCGGUAUUUGAAACACACAUCACCCCCAGUUGCCCCGUAUGAUUUGGUUCACGGUCGUCGUCAGUAUACGCGCUCAAGCAACUUUUCCAUGGCACAAUUUAUUGGAGAGCAAUCUCAUUCCAACCUAAACGAUAUCAUUGAUUCAAAUUCAGAGGCAAUGGCGGUACCUGCAAACGUGAAGGGUACGCCCUGGAUUGCCACUAUCUCGAAGCAGCGACAAAGGAGGAUGGCUGCUUUGCAAAGCGACGGUCAGAAACAAUCCAUCACUCAACAACACCAGGGUCAUCUACCUCAUGAGCGACAGCAACCGCAGCAGGUAUUGGAGAAAAGACGGACAUGUACUAUGCGACGAGUGCGGCUUCCAUCAACAUCCGACUUUAAGCUGGAACGAUACCAGAAAGUGAUGAUCCAAAACGAGAUUAGGGCCUUACUGAUAGGAUGUGAUGUUGAUUAGACUAGAUUAAGGCUGCAUGGACAAUUUACAAUAAUGUACAAUA